CCCUCCGCUGGCAGGCCCGAGCGGUGCGUGCCUCCCUUCCCCCUUCUCCGGCUGGCCUUCGCUGCGGGAGAGGACGGCUCGGGCGGCCUUCAUGGGGAAGAAGUCGCGGGCGGCGCCGGCGGGUCGGCGGCCUAUUCUACAGCUCUCGCCGCCGGGGCCUCGCGGGGGCCGGGAGGAGGCGGCGCCAGGCGAUGGGGAUUCGGCCUCGGAAGCGGAUGAAUUUGAGGUGACUGAAGAGGCUCAAAGAAUUGCUCCAAACCCAGCCCAAUGUAGCAUGCCCGUUGGGCCUGUGGCUGUCAAACCAACAGGUGGCUUAUGUUUGCUCGGAGCUUAUGCAGACAGUGAUGAAGAAGACAAUGAGUUGUCUGUGAAACCACAGUCUACAAAUGCAAAUAGCAAUAAUUCAACAGACAUUGACAGCACCCUGGCAAACUUCCUAGCGGAAAUUGAUGCAAUUACAGCUCCUUCCCAGCCUUCUGAUACUGUUGUUACCUCCAGUGCUCCACCUCCAACGCCUCCACGCCCAGAGCCCAAGGAAUCUGUCACCAGUCAAAUUUUAUCUACUACAAAUGGAACAGAUCAGGCAACAGAGUGGCAGUACGACACACAGUGCUCACUGGUAGGAGUGGGAGUUGAGAUGGGAGACUGGCAGGAAGUUUGGGAUGAAAACACAGGCUGCUAUUAUUACUGGAAUACUCAGACUAAUGAGGUUACUUGGGAACUCCCCCAGGACCUGGCAACACAAGUGCAGGGUCUCCAACAUUACCAACACAGUUCUGUAAUAGAGGCUGAUGACAACUAUCAGAUGGUGACAGACCUAAGCUCCCAGGGAAAAAGUGGUGGUGCGGUUGCUGGCAGUUCUGGACGCAAGACAGCUUCUUUAAAGCGUGAGCUGAAGAAGGAAGUGAAUGAAGGUAUCCAAGCCCUUUCAAGCAACGAGGAAGAGAAAAAGGGGGUGGCUGCAUCACUGCUGGCUCCGUUACUCCCUGAGGUGGUAAAGGAGGAAGAAGAGCGAUGGAGGAGGAAGGUUAUCUGCAAGGAAGAACUGGAGCCCUUGGUUGAAGAGGAUGUGACAGCAAAGCAAGCAGCAUCUGUUACUGAGCAACUAGAAGGCAACAGAGAUAUUGGGGAAGAUCCUUCCCAGGAGGACUUGUGUAGUGUGGUACAAUCAGAGGAAAGUGCAGAGGAGGAGGAAGAGCAGGAUACUCUUGAGCUGGAGAUGGUCUUGGAAAGGAAGAAGGCAGAACUACGAGCUUUGGAAGAAGGUGAUGGGAGCAUUUCAGACUCUAGUCCCCUUUCUGAGGGGAGUCAGUCAGAUCUAGCACGGCGGCUGCUGCCAAAGCAAGGGAAAUGGAAGCUAUUUGGGGCUGCCAGCCCAGAAUCCACCAGCCGAGGGUCAAGCAAGACAGGACAGGAGAGCCCUGAACCUGGGGAAACAGCAGAGAAGGAAGAGACAGAAGUUGCCGAUGAGAACUUGGGCAAUGAGCUGGACACAGAAGAAUUACAAGACAAAGUGAAAACACAAGGGCCUGUCAAGGUAGAAGAUGAGGAGCAGGACUUAAAGUUUCAAAUUGGAGAGCUGGCCAACAUGUUGAUAAGCAAGCUUGAGUUCUUGGGCAUCAGUAGACAAUCCAUCUCUAACUUCCACAUGCUACUGUUACAGACUGAGACCCGUAUUGCAGACUGGCGGGAAGGAGCUCUCCAAGGAAACUACCUCAAACGCAAAUUGCAAGAUGCAGCUGAACAGCUAAAACAGUAUGAAAUAAACGCCGCCCCUAAAGGCUGGUCCUGCCACUGGGACAGGGAUCAUAGGCGCUAUUUCUAUGUUAACGAGCAAACAGGCGAAUCCCAGUGGGAGUUCCCAGAUGGGGAAGAGGAAGAGGAGGGGCAAAACCUAGAAAAUAAAGCAGAUGCUGUUCCUAAACAAGGACUGAAGGAGAAAAUGGAGUCUGGUAUGGAAUCUACUGAUCACACAACAGGUUCUCUUGGCAAAGAGCCUGGUCAAGCUUCAGCUGCCUCUCUUGUGCCUCUUAGUCCAUUUUGGACUGUACUUCAGCCCUCUGUCCCGGUACUUCAACCCCCUUUACCCUUGGAAAUGCCCCCACCCCCGCCCCCACCACCAGAGUCACCACCUCCACCACCACCUCCACCACCGGGAGAAGAUGGGGAAAUACAAGAAGUAGAAAUGGAGGAUGAUGGAGAUGAGGAGCCGCCAGCACCAGGGACUGAGGAAGAUGCUGUUUUGAAGCCUCUUCUCCGGCCAACAGUUGCUAACAGUCAGAGCAACUCUGAGACUAGUAUAGCCACACCUGUGUUGGAGAAGUCUCUAAAAAGGAAAGCCUCUGAAGUGAGUGCAGGGUUGGUGCAACGAGCAGCAACCAUUGGAAGCUGUCCAGUGCUCUAUGGCCAGUCGGUCCUUGGUGCGAGUCCUCAAACCUCAGGGAUGACCUUGCAGCAGAGUUAUCUUGGAGUAACGCAGCCAGCUCUCAUGAGCUAUUCGGAAUGUAGUGUUUCCAUUGGACUUCCUGCAGGCACCACACAGCCAGUUCCUUCUCGAGGGAUCCCACCUGCAACCAGCACUACAGAACAGCUGCCGCCGCCACCACCUCCUCCUCCACUAUCGCCACCACCGCAUGCUCCCCAAACAAUUCCCUCAGAGAAGUCAAAAAAACUCAAGAGAGGUGGCAAAAGAAAAAAGACCAAGACAAAAAUGCCAUCUUUAGUAAAGAAGUGGCAGAGCAUCCAACGAGAAUUAGAUGAGGAGGAGAACUCUAGUUCUAGUGAUGAGGAUCGGGACGUGAUGUCACAAAAGCGGAUUGAGGAAUGGAAGCAGCAACAGUUAAUCAGUGGCAUGGCGGAGAGAAAUGCUAAUUUUGAGGCACUGCCUGAGGACUGGCGAGCUCGGCUCAAAAGGAGGAAAGCCACUUCAAGCACAUGAGUCAUCUCUCUCCAUUUUUUUUAAGCCACACAUGUACAGUUCAUAUUCGAACGUUUUACUGUUGUAAAAAACUAUACCAGACACGCAUUUCGGUGAAUGACUUGACAAAGAGAUCACAUGGACUUGGAAAUACUUUUGGAGGUAUUUAUAGCAAGUAGUCCUCUGAAAUAAUGUGCAGACUUGACCACUCCUGUCUUAAGAGGCUCCUGCAAAUCCCACCUCAAACAAAGCUUGAAUACUAUUCUAUACAGUUCCCUGGAGGAACUGGUACAAAGAACUGAUUCAUGCACUCAGUGGAGUUGCAACUGGAUUCAGCUAUUUCCACUCCGCCUUGCUAAACUAAAAAGUGUUUCAUCUAACUCAUGUCUGCAAAAUGUCCAGCUGUAAUUGCAGUUUGCAAUGUCUGCAGGUUGUUAGAAAACUGGCAAAUGAAGGAUGCAUAUUCUUUUCAGACAGCUGUAGUGUAUGUCCAAUUCUUGAUUUUUGCCAGCGCCUUGGUUUUGGGCAGUGUUGUUCUUUGUUACAGAUUGACUCAGAAAACGUACUUUUGUUUCUGUCAUUGUCUGUGUCAUUUUCAUGUGUAACAUUGUAACAGAAUGAUUUUCACUUUAUACUUUUGGUGCUGUAACAUGCUAAUAGUUCCAUUGAUGUGGCUGCAGUUGGUGUCCCAUCACAUAGGUAGGAAAUCAGUAUGAAUCCUAUCACUCCUGUGUGCAGACUGAACAGGAGAAUGUCCUCAUACCUUUUCUGGUCAGCAUGGUGAGGCAGUGGCAUAGGUGACUGGCUGUACACUGUGUAUGGUUGCUGAUUUGCCCAUUGUGCCAGAAGUUGCUGUAAUAAACAUGCAGCCUGUACUGGGUGCUGACCAGUCCAGAAGCCAUGCCAUCUUCACAGUGCUUGCCCCAGCUGUCUUGCCUUGCCCAGUCCACAAGUCAAGGUGGUACCCUCUUCUUUCUGGUCACUAUUCUGACAUUCUGUCCAAUCUCACAAACCAUUCUUUAGAAGCUGCUGCUGCUGCUGAGGAGCGGGAGAAUAAAAUUGUCUAACUCCUAUUUUUCCCCUCCCUCCACUCCCUACCAAGUUCCAACAAAAGUAGGAUCUUUGUUUAAAGCCAGGCUGAGUAUCCAAACUUGUGAAUGUCUUCAGUUUUUACCCUUGUUUGUUUUUUAAAAAUCUGAAUCAGGUGGUAAUGAUUUCCUGUGAACUCAAAGAAAAGGCAGUUUAUUGCUGAAUGCUGUUUGUAUUUCUCCAGUUUCUGGCUUUGUAAAUUUGUACAUAGACAUUAAUAAAAUUCCUUUUUAUA